AUGACAACAAAUCUUGAACCUAUUCAAACAUUUAAAAUCCUUAUUCUUGGAGAUUCAGGUGUUGGUAAAAGUUCAUUAAUGGCUCGAUAUGUUCAUGGUAUUUUUCACAGUGAAUAUACUGCAACUAUUGGUGUAGAUUUUCAAAUAGCUAUUAUUAAUAUUGGUGAAUAUAAAUGUCGAUUACAAAUAUGGGAUACUGCUGGACAAGAACGUUUUCGUUCGAUUACAAGUAGUUAUUAUCGUGGUGCUGAUGGUAUAAUUAUUGUUUAUGAUGUUACAGACAGUAAGAGUUUCACUAAUUUAAAAGAUCGAUUUGCAGACGUACAAAAUUUGUGUGAAACAAAUAUUCCAAAAAUUCUUGUUGGUAAUAAAGAUGAUAGAAAUAAUAACGUAAAAAAAGUUGUGCUAACUAGUGAUGCACGUCAAUAUGCUGAACAAAAUAAUUUAUUAUUUUUUGAAAUAUCAGUAAAAGAAAAUAGAAAUAUUACUGAAGUAUUUGAUGAAAUAGCUAAACUUGCACUUCAACGACGUCUUAAACAAUCUGAAAGUACACAAUUUAGUACGGUUGAUAUAAGAAUACAAGAAAAACAAAUUAUUGAUAAUGAUACAAAAAAAAAAUGUUGUACUACUGCAUAA